UAUUUUCCGCUUAACUGACUCAGCGUAUGGAAAUUCGUCAUAACUUGCCGCACCCAAGCAAAUUAAUUUCAGCCUCGGCCUUUCGAUAAUGUGAAAAUACAUUGAACUUACUGCGAUUACACACAUAAAUAUGUAUUUACUUUGACUGAUUUAAAUUACUUUAAGUGAUAUCUUCUUAUCAGUGUCGCGCUUUUCAGCUGUGGCAGCAUGCGCCGGUGGGUGUGUCAAAACAAAGUGGCAAAAUUGCAGAGGUAAGAAUAGUAAUAAUAUUAAUCUGUAUAUGCUUCAACGCUCCAGUUCAUAAUGGGCAUUGUUUGUGAAUAGUUUACACGCGUCGCACAAAAAUCAAAAUUCAAGUCUUCGAAAUUAAUUGAGUGAAUCGCGAAUCAUAAUUGACUGUGUUUUGAAACGAAAGCGACGAGGCGGACGGUGAAGGAAACUCUUCGCGCUUAAUUAAGUGCUUUUGGACGAGUCGGGUCAAAGUAAUCAAACUUCAGCUCCCAACAAUGAACUUCAACGAAUUCGAGAGAGAUUGUCUGCAAGCGCACAACCAAUUUCGCCUCAAGCAUGGCAGUCCACCAUUAGCACUAGAUCGCGGACUUUGCAAUUAUGCCAAGGAGUGGGCAGAAACUUUGGCUCGUCGCAAUAUUUUACAACAUCGCACAAAUAAUCGUUAUGGCGAAAAUAUCUACAUGUCAGUGGGUCGUCCAAAUUUACGCGGUCGUGAUGCGGUGACCAGUUGGUACGCUGAGGUGCGCGAUUAUAAAUUUGGAUCCGGCGCUGCUUUCAGCCUAAACACGGGACAUUUUACACAAGUGAUAUGGAAGGGCAGCAAACGUCUGGGUGUGGCAAUGGCGAGAAGCGGUGAUCGUAUUUAUGUUGUCGCCAAUUAUGACCCACCAGGAAAUUAUGAUGGUCAAUUUUGGAAUAAUGUUUUGCCGGUACACAAGCUGUGUGCGCCGCAAGACUGGCUUUACUUGGUGCGGUGCGUUGAAGAUAUGGCUACGGUAAAGCGUACCGUUAUCAUUAAGAAGGUUUCCGUGAGCGGCGCACCCAACCAACCGCCGCCGAAACCCAUUACAAUAUCACAAGCCGAUUUCGAGAAGGGUUGCUUGGAGGCGCACAAUAAAUUUCGAGCCAUGCACGGCACACCACCGCUCAGCAUUAAUCCGAACCUCACGCAGGUCGCCGCUAAAUGGGCGCAGAACCUUGCAAAACGACAGAAGAUGGAGCACAGCCCGAAUGGCAAGUACGGUGAGAAUAUCUAUUACAGCAGUGGCCAGCAGGUGACACCGGAUAUGCCUGCGAAGAUGUGGUAUGACGAGAUCGCCAAAUAUGAUUUCGCCAAGUCAGUAUUCAAUCCAUAUACCGGACAUUUUACACAACUGAUAUGGCGCGACACGAAGCAAGUGGGCGUGGCCUAUGCGACGUCUGGUGAAAAGGUUUGGGUUGUCGCCAAUUAUGAUCCACCGGGUAAUGUGAAUGGUUUCUUCAAAGAUAAUGUGCCGCCAAAAAAGUGAGUAGCAAAAAGGAAACAAGCUUCGAGCAAUAUUUCAAGGCCACCGCGGUUUGGUAAUCGCUGAAAAGUGUAGCGCUCACAGUCGCCUAAUUGUUUCAAAACUGCUUUAGAAAUUGAAUGCAAAACUCUCCACAAUAAAAAUUUACAUUAAGAGUGAGCAAUAAAAUAGUUUUGUA